UCUGAUAUUUUUUGAACAUGGCUAUUCUGGUGGCUUCUAACGUCAACAAGAUUUUAGGUUAGGCGUCGCAUCAUAUUGGUUUCGUUUUGUUUUUCUUUCACUUGAUAUUAUGUAGUGCAGCUGGUACAAAAUGAGUUCGCCAAGUAGAGAUAACGAGGAACCAUCGUCGAGCACUGCGCCGGCGGAGGAGGGCGGGGGCCCCAGCGGCGCCGCGGCGGGCCGGCCGCCCGCCAAGCGCAGGCUCUCCAGCACCGUCAUCGAGAUCUCGGACACGGAGAGCGACGACUCGGACGUGUGCGCCGUCAACUCCUACCAGGCCACCGCCGACGAGGUCAAGAGGAUCCGCGGAGAGGAUUACUCAUCUUCAUCAUCAUCAUCCGAGUACAGUUCAGACUCUGAGUCAUCCUGGGAAGAUGACUCCAUCCUGGUGGAGGAUGACAAGAGUCAAGCCAAGGCAGUGCGGGCACAGCUCAACCCUCGCGCCAACAGAAUGGAUGAGCCUAAGUUUAAUCCCAAGUUUAAGUCAGAAGAUUUAAUAGAAAGACUUCAAACACACUGGAGAGAUAUGAAAGAUUUGGAAAGUUCAGAGUUAACCUUGACAUGUAAGCCGUUCCGGCUGUGCCUGCUGCAUGACUUCCUGGCCAACUCGGAGAUGAUCAACAACAUUGUGGACGACAUGAACACGCUGGACUGGUCGCGCAAGAAGAUGGAUCUUUACGAGUUCCACCAGACUGCAGACCUGGCCAGCCUCACCUGGCAACGAAGUAUUAGAGGCAUAUAUGAGCUGCUCAAGACUGAGGUUAUGAGUUGGGUGUCUCGCGCGACGGGGCUGGCGCUGCGCGCGGUGUCGGCGUCGUGCUCGCUGUACGGGCCCGGCGACCACCUGCUGCCGCACGACGACCUGCUCAGCGACCGCCGCGUCGCCUUCAUCCUCUACCUCGCGCCCUGGCGCCGCCCGCCCGCCGCGCAGCCCGCGCUCGAGAACGGCUCCGGAGACCAUACUCAUCAGGCGACGGAUUCGGGCGGCUGGGAGGCUUCGAUGGGCGGGGCGCUGCAGCUGCUGGCGCGGGACGAGGCGGGCCGGCCGGCUGACGUGGCGCAUUCUGUCAGCCCCAGGAACAACAUGCUGGCCUUCUUCAAGGUCGGCACCGACUCCUUCCACCAGGUGGAGGAGGUGCUGUCGCUGGAGCUGCCGCGGCUGUCCAUCAACGGCUGGUUCCACGGGCCGCCGCCCGACGACGAGCCAGAGCCCGAGCCUGAGCCAGAGCCCGAGCUGCCCGAGCCGCAGCGCCCCAACAAUGAUAUUGUGGUGCUGAGCCAGUGGGUGGAGGCCACGUACAUGUCGCCGCGCUCGCGCAUGCAGAUCCAGGCGCAGAUGGAGGCCGAGAGCGAGGUGCUGCUGCAGGGGCUGCUGCUGCCCGCCGUGCUGGACGAGCUGCUGGCGGCGCUGGGCGACCCCGCGCUGGCGUGGGAGGCGGCGGGCCCGGCCGACCGGCGCCGCUACUGGCGCCUGCGGGCCGCGCCGCCCGACCACCCCGCCGGGCGCCUGCUGGCGCUGGCGGCGUCGGGCGCGUGGCUGCGCCUGCUGGGCGAGGUCACGGACCUGGCGCUGGCGGCGCACGGCGGCGCGGAGCUGCAGCGCCUGGCGCCGGGCAGCUACGAGCUGCUGCCGGCGCGGGGGUCGUGGGGCGCGGCGCGGCUGGAGGCGCGGCUGUGGCUGCGCGGGGCGGGCGGCGCGGGCGGGGCGCGGCUGUACGUGGCGCCGGAGGAGGCGGCGGGCGAGGCGCUGGUGCGGGUGCCGGCGGCGCACAACGCGCUGUCGCUGGUGUACUGCGACGCGGGCGCCGCCGCCUUCACCAAGUACGUGCCGCGCCUGCACCCGCGCCCGCCCUGCUACGUGCUCGCCUGCACCUACACCGAGUGAACCCCGCACCCCUGACUUUACAUAUUUUUACACUAUGUAGGUAUGUGAUCCGUGAACAUAUUUAUUUCAUUAUUUCCGAUAGAUUGCCGCGACGGAGAACCGGACGUCGACGAUGCAUUACAUGUAAAUUUAAGUUUCCUUAGAUUCAUAGCGAGCUAUGAUCCGCAACUAUUCAGUGAUCCGCAGUUCGCCGCAUUCUUCAUUUUUUUACUUAAUUUUAAUUAACGUCGAGAUUUAUGAAAUGUACAUAUUAUUAAAUAUAUUCUUAAUUUUGUUAUAAAUUAAAUCGAGUUACGUAUGUGUCGGUGAAGAACUAUGAUUGUAUUGAAAUGUUAGCAUGAUCAAGCGCAGGCCACUACAGACGUAAGGUAUAGAAUGUGCCGCAGUGGUCGGCGGAGAGUAUAUUUUUGUAUUGGUCGCGUGGUGGCCGCGGCGCCCGACGAUGCGCUGUAAACAGAUCAAUAGAUGUGUGUGUGUAUGAAAUGUGUUCAUGUUCACUUGAUGUAAGGUUAACGUGAUAAGGUAAUGUUAACAUUGUGUUACUUACUUUUUGUACAUAAUAGAAAUAUUGAAUAAACCUAAGAGUUCUGAUCGA